GCCCGCCCGAUCUGCAGGUGACGAAAGUUGUGAACCAACUCCUCUUACAUCGUUUCUAUUCCCAUAAAUGUCUUCUUUGAAAGCUGAAGGCCCUCAGGGACAACCGUGAGAACCCUUUCUGACUCCUCCUACCACGCCGAAACCCUCCUUGAAUUCCUCCAUCAUCGUUGCCGGAAACCGGGACUCAUCUCGCAUUUCCCUCCAGCCACAUCCUCUUCGGCGAUCCGGCCUGCUGCACGCUGCUGAGAAAGCCUACUACCGCUGGUGUUGGCCAUUCCUAGUGGCUGACAAGAUUCCCCGAUUCAUUGAUCGUCCGAGAAGCGCGCAUACUGCCUCUGUGGGAAGAGAGACAAUAGGGUAAAAGGUGGAGGACAUACGGAAGAGAGCGGCUUCGUCCAUUACAGGGCCAGGCCUGCCGCAGGCCACCAGUUUCUGAACCUCGAAGCUGUAUAAACUCGCUCGAAGUUGAGGCCGCCCUAUCUGGAACAUUCCUCUGACCUUCGAUACGGCACAGAGUCGCACAUGAUGCCUACCAACAGACCCUUCUUCGCCAAUUUCUUCUCUGCUUUCCGCGCCCGAACCAAUCCUACAUUCCAGGCCAAAUCCAGUUCAACAUACGACACUGUAUCGCAGGGUACGCUCGUAGCAGCGGCGCAUGUCUCCACCACGAACGCGACGGUAACCUCGUCAAAUACCAGAACGAUCACCACCAAGUCGACAGGGGAUGCAUCCGCUUCCUCACAACAAGCCUCGCAAACAAAACCCUCUUCACCAUCGCCUCUUCCCUUCGCCUCGAACCCAAGUUCACAUCGCUACGCUCCACCGUUAUCAAGAUCGCCUGGACCCAAUUCACCCGGCGGUCCCCAUUCUCAUUCUCAUUCCCAUACCAAUGCCAACCUCUCCAUGUCCCCACCAGGCACGUCAACUCCAAUGACACGAGGCAGGCAGAGAAGGGGCAGUGACAGUUCCAAUGCAUCGGGUGGAUUUAUUGAUGCUUUGGGGCCGGAAAAAUGGUACAUCGGUGGCCGCAACGCUGGUGGUGAAGAGACAUUCUACAAACUGGGUCUGGUAACCGGAAGCACGGGUAAAAGAGUGCGCAGCUUAGACCGCUUGAGUCUGUGAUCUCACGACACCUCGGCCGUUAUAGGCAAAGGAUGUGCAAUUUGAUUUUGUGGUGCGUUGCACAUGCCAGAUCUGAUGGGCAUAGUACAGAAGUCACCCGGACAUGGAUAUUGGUAGGGAAUCCCUACAUGACCUACACUGUUGACAGGAAGUCGAGACAUGUCGGCUGUCGGGCGCUCCUGACCGAAUCGUGAUGGAGGCAGUCGUUCAAAAACCGUUGAAGGUCGACCGAAAAGGUGCCAUUUUUGCAGAUACGAGUAUAGUCUCCAGGUAUCGUUCUGGACCUGAUUCGCUUCGUGAGGAACGGAGCAGAGAUGCAUGAUUAGAUCUACAUUUCCAUGUGGCGCUGUUGACUACACGCGGUUCUGAUAGAUCAUUUUCCA